AUGAACUUGGCCGAAUACAUGCGCUACCAUGCAGGACUGCCUGGAACCAAGAUCGGUUGUGGCGAGGGUGGCUGCGGAGCCUGUACCGUCUUGCUACGCCGCGGCGAUUUGCUCUCCUUGAAAGCCGCCCCGGUGCUUUGCAACGCCUGCUUGCGGCCUCUGCACUCGAUGAAUGGGUACGAGGUCACCACAGUCGAGGAAGUGGGCACGCCGGACAAGCCGCAUGCCAUCCAGUCGGCCAUCGCCAAGCACAGCGCGAGCCAAUGUGGCAUGUGCACACCUGGAAUGGUCAUGGCGCUUUACGGGCACCUGGCCAAGGGAGGCUCCAGGGAGCCGCAGGCGAUUGAGGGCUGCAUCCAAGGGAACCUGUGCCGAUGCACCGGUUAUCGCCCCAUCCACGAUGCCAUGAAGGACGCUGCAUCCCGGCCAGACUGCACGGCGAACGUGGGAGAAAUCAAGGAUGCGAAGCUGCAGAGCUCCGUGCUAAGCCGGGAUGGUCAGCUGUGGUUGAACUGCACCGCCUUGGCCGAUGUCUUUCCGGCACUGACGUAUGCUGCGGCACUUCCACAUCGACUUGUUGUAGGCAAUACAAGCACAGGGGUCAUCAAGUACUACUCACCUCACCCGAACGACCAUCCGACCGUUUUCAUCAACGUCCAGAACGUCGGUGAGAUGAAAGCCAUUGAGCACAGCGCCAAGUCGUUGACGCUGGGAGCCGCCUGCACCUUGAGCACGAUGAUCGAGGAGAUUGACAAAGCAACAGUUGCUGCACCACAACUGGCGGCUAUCGUCCGACAUUUGAAGCUUGUGGCGCAUCCGCAGGUCCGUGAUGUGGGCAGCUGGGCUGGAAACGUCAUGAUCGCCAAGACUCACCCAAACUUCCCGAGUGACGUCUGCCUGCUUUUGACCACACUCGGUGCAGAGCUGAAGUUGAUGGACGAAGAUCGCAAAAUUCAGUCGGUAGACAUUGUGACAUUCCUCACUGAUGCGACACUGCCGCGAGGGGGUGCAAAGCCGCAGAUCAUCCACAGCGUCACGAUCCCUUUCCCAGGUGCAAACACCUACCUCGAUACCUUCAAGAUCAUGCGAAGGCACAUGAACACUCACGCGGAGCUUAACGCGGGCUUCUUGUUCCAGUUUGCUGCAGACGGCGGUGUGGGCGUCUCCGACGUGAGGAUGGUUUUCGGCAAUGUCGAGCACAAGCCGUUCAUCGCGGACGGGACGAUCAAGGCUCUGCGUGGUCAGGCUCUGACAUCGGACACCAUCCAGAGCAUCGGUAUGGUGCUGCGCGCUGAGAUCGAGGCACACAUCCAAGGGCCCUCUGUUCCGGAGCCGCCCUUCCUCGUUGUGGACAAGGAGUACCGUGUCAAUCUGGCCUGCAACCUCUUCGCCAAGGCCGCGCUCCGUGGGCGCCAGGCCCGAGGUGCGGUGCUGACGCCGGAGGAAUUGAGCGCCGCCACAGCACCGGAGCGGAUGGAGAGUACCGGGGAUCAGAAGUUCACGGUGGACCCAGCGACGGCGCCCAUUGGCCAGCCUCUGGAGAAGUUCCAAGCGCUUGACCAAGCCUGUGGUACUGCGCAGUAUGUGGCAGACGAGCCAAUUCGACCCCGCACACUUUUUGGCGUUCCUGUCCUCGCAGAGAAAGUGGCCGUGGUCAAGUGCAUCGAUGUGGUGGAGUGCAUGGAGGUGGCCGGCGUGACGAACUUCAUCUCGGCCGCAGACGUCAAAGAGUUAGGUGCGGAGAACGACUUGAAGCCGACCUGCCCAACGAAGAUAUUCGCAGACACGACGGAGCCCACCAAGCAUGUCGCACAAUUCGUCGGCAUGGUCCUAGCGGACACCUUGGAGGCAGCACGAUGCGGGGCGAGACUUGUUCACGUCGAGUAUGCGGAGGACACGCAGCAGGCUGAGCCUGUGGUAAAGGUCGCCGAUGCCGUGAAGCGUGGAAAGGUGCAGGAGCGCCAUGGGCCUCUCUCCGUCGGCAAAGCCCGGGGUGCAGCGGAUCUGACCACGGUGGAAGGCAAGUUAUCUUCUGCCGGUCAGAAGCACUUCUACUUGGAGACCCAGACGACCUAUGCUUAUCCAGAUGGCAUGGGUGGACUCGUGGUGAACAGCUCCUGUCAAACCCUGGACUGGGCACAAACGAUGUUGUGCAAAGUCUUCCACUUGCCGAAGAGCAAGGUCACCGUGCAGAACCAGCGUAUCGGCGGCGCCUACGGUGGGAAGGCAAUGCUGUUCGCGCCUGUUUGUGCUGCCACAGCAGUGGCCGCAAUGCGCACCAAGCGUCCCGUGAUGGUGCAGUUGGACAGGACGCCGGACUUCCGGUCGCUGGGUGCCCGCGCCCCCUUCGAGGCCUCCUGGAGCUGCAGCUAUGACGUCUCCAGCGGGAAGAUCAGCAGCCUGAAGCAGGACAUCCUGCAGAACGUUGGCUUCGACAUGCUGGGUUUCUCCCAGGCAAGCAGCGUGAACUGCUACGACAUUCCCCACGCACAGCUCCACUGCAAAGGUGCAGUCACCGACCUGCCGUGCAACACUUGGAUGCGUGCUCCUGGUGAUUUCGAAGGGGCCAUCAUCAUGGAGGCCAUCAUGGAGCAGGUGGCCAGAGCGGCGCAGAAGGAGCCCUGGCAGCUCCAGGAAGCCAACCUGGCUCCAGGCAUGGUCAAGGCAGGGCAGAGAGGGAAGGCCAAGUCGAACUUCGACAUGGCAAGCGCUGCCACCAAGGCCUUCAACGAGGCGAACCGAUAUCGCAAGAGGGGCAUCUAUUGCAUGGGCUCGCGCUACAAGCUCCCCCCGGCGCAGUGGACCGAAAGAUGUUAUCUCAGGAUAAACACGGAUGGUUCUGUCGUCUUGGAGCACAGUGGUCUCGAGGUCGGUCAGGGCAUGGACACCAAGGCUCUCCAGGCCCUGACCAUGGAGUUGAAGAAGAUCGCCACUGACUUCACCAUGGACAAGAUCAGCAUCCGCAUGCCGAAGAGCACUGCCGACUUCAGCUGGGCAGGCAUCACGGGCACCUAUGGCAGCUGCACCUCCGAGACUGUGGUCAGCGCCAUCUUGGAUGCUGGUGGAAAGCUGCAGAAGGAGCUCGCGCCCUACACCACCUCCGGCAAACCGUGGGCCCAGGUCGUCAGCGAUGCACUCAAAGCAGGUGCGACCCUCUACCAGGAGGGUAAGACGAGUGUCGCGAAGGAGCCUCUGUCUGACUAUGACCUGUUCAGCGCAGGUUGUGCCCAGGUGGAGAUCGAUGUUUUGACCGGCGAGACCCAGGUCCGGUCCUUCGACGUUGUCUACGAUUGUGGCAAGAGCUUGAAUCCGGCCGUGGACAUCGGCCAGAUUGAGGGCUGCGUGAUCCAGGCCUUGGGCUUCGGCCUUCUGGAGGAGGAGAGCCGGAGACCAGACGGUGGGCUCAUCAACUGUGGUACUUGGGAAUACAAAGUUCCCAGCGGCCAAGACAUUCCGGUGAGAUUCACCGUGGAGCUCCUUCCCUGCGAGGACCCCACUGCUCCGGUGAUGGGCUCCAAGGCCUCUGGCGAGCCAGCCAUGCUUCUGGGUGGUGCCACCUUCUUCGCAGUGAAAGAUGCCAUCGGUUACGCCCGCGCAGACAUGGGCCUCAGCCGUGAAUUCCGCCUCGACCCUCCGGCAUCGCCAGACAGGAUCCAGGCUGCUUGCGGCACCAAGAUGCCAAGCUGA